UUAUUUUAAACAAUCUAACCUAACAAUUGUCAUAAUAAUAAUAAACUUUGACACGUCUGUUGGUAAAAAAGCUCAGUGAUGGCAGUGUAACCCAAAACAUGAACUGAAACACUGAAACAAUAUAAUAAUGUUAAUAAAUAAAUUAAAUAAUUUAAAAAUAAAGUUUAAUUGUUUUAAAUAAAAUGGAAUUUUUUAAGAACAGUUUUAAAUCUGUGCUGGGUGCUCCGGACCCGGAGAACCAGCCGACUGGAGCCGACACGGUGGAGCGCCUGGUGGACAGAUUAGAGUCUUCAACACUUUUGGACGACAGAAGAGACGCAUGUCGAGCUUUGAAAGCUCUAUCACGAACCUACCGAGUGGAAGUAGGAGCACAGGGUAUGAACGCGGUGCGCCAGGUUCUGGAGAUGGACCGCACAGACUGCGAGAUAGUCGGCCUGGCGCUGGACACACUCUGCAACAUCACGAGCCCGGAGACCUUCGACGAGGAAGUAGACAAGCACGGUCCCGAUAGUAAGAUCGGCGAGCAGUUCACGGAGAUCUUCAUCAAGCACCAGGACAGCGUGGGCUUGGUGCUGGCCGCGCUGGAAGACUUCGACUUCAGAGUCCGCUGGCCAGCUCUCAAGCUGCUGUCCAACCUGGUGAGCAACCGCCCAAAGGACAUCCAGGAGAUCAUCCUGGUGAUGCCCAUGGGCGUGUCCAAGCUGAUGGACCUGCUCAGCGACAGCCGCGAGGUCAUCAGGAACGACGCGCUGCUCCUGCUGAUCCAGCUCACAAAAGGCAACGCCAACAUCCAGAAGAUCGUCGCCUUCGAGAAUGCUUUUGAUAGGAUCUUUGAUGUCAUCACCCAGGAGGGCAGCGCUGAGGGAGGGAUUGUUGUUGAAGACUGCUUGCUGCUCAUGCUCAAUUUAUUAAAAGGCAAUCUUAGCAAUCAGAACUUCUUUAAGGAAGGAAGUUAUAUUCAGAGGCUCACGCCAAUGUUUCAGCUCCCUCAGGCUGAUGCUGAGGACCCUGCUCCGGUGGGGUGGAGCCCUCAGAAGGUUGCUAAUGUUCAUUGCAUGGUUCAGGUGAUCCGGGCGCUGGUAGCACCAAGCUGUUCUGCCCAAAUAGUAUCAGCGUGUCAAAGAAUAAUGCAUGCAUGCGGCCUGCUGCAAGCUUUAUGCGACAUCUUAAUGGCCAGCGGAGUGCCAGCAGAUGUCCUAACAGAGACAAUAAACGCAGUAGCAGAAGUGAUCCGCGGGAACAACACGAACCAAGAAUUCCUGGGCAGCGUGACCGCGCCGAGCAGUCCGCCGCGGCCAGCAAUUGUAGUGCUGCUCAUGUCGAUGGUAAACGAGAAGCAGCCGUUCCAGUUGAGGUGCGCAGUGCUGUACUGCUUCCAGAGCUUCCUAUACAAGAAUAAUGAUGGGCAGACGCAGUUGAUCCAGACGUUGCUGCCCCAGAGCAACGAGACGCCCUCGCUGACCACUGGGCAGCUGCUCUGCGGCGGCUUGUUCUCGCUGGACCCGCUGUCCAACUGGUUCUCGGCUGUCGCGCUGUCCCACGCGCUGAUCGACAACACUACACAAAAAGAGCAGCUGCUCAGAGUGCUGCUGGCCACUAACAUUGGCAAGCCGCCUGUUACUCUCAUGCAGCAGUGCGUGUUCCUGCUACAGCAGGGCAGCAAGCCUCAGAGCAAGCUCGGGCUGCUCAUCCUGCUCUGCCGCUGGGUCAGCUACUGCCCAGUUGCUGUCAAGACAUUCCUGUCCCUCGACUCUUCCGUCGCCUACGUGACUGCCCUGCUGUCUGGCCACGAUAAUAAUGAAGACCUGGAGGAGAAUCUUAUUCAGAGCAUGUGUGCUUUGCUCCUUGGCAUGUGUGUUCACUUCAACGACGAUCAGGUCCCCGCCUACACCAAGGACAAGCUCUGCAAUUUAAUUGACAAACGCAUUGGCCUUGAGAGGUUCCAAGACGCCAUUGGUGGGACCACUAGGCAUGAGAUUUACUCCAGGACUCUCAAACAUCCUCAGCCUUCGGCCAAACAUCCUAAGGACUUGCUCCUGGAUCACGAGUUCUGUCGGCUAUUGAAAAUUCUUGAAGGAGCUGUUUCCGAGUCCGUCAAAGGGAAUACUAGUUGUAAUGACAGUCCAAAGGAAAUUGGUAAUAGUGAUCCGAUGGUUGGGCAGUAUAAGGAUCUUAUUAGGGAACAGGAUGAGGAAAUUCAGAAACUUAAGAGGGAUAAUGAGAAUUUGGAAAAGGAAAAACAAGAAUUUCAGAUGACAAUCCAGGACUUACAAUCCCAAAUAAGUAACCUUCGGGACCAAAACUUAGUCUUACGCGCGGCGCAAACAAACCUAGCCGACAAGGACGCUUUACCUAACCAUCAAAUAAAAAUAGACGACUCCUCAGAGGAGUUAGAAAAAUCCCAUCUUACAAUUCAGAAUUUAGAGUCGCAACUCUCCGGGUACAAGUCGAUGAUCCUCGCCCUGCAGGAAAAAGAGAGCCAAGUAUCUCUAGAGCUGGAGAAAAAAUUAAAAGAGACGACCGAGGAGCUGGAAAAGCUCAAAAAGGACCAAGAGGACCUCCUGGAGCUUCUGUCGGACCAAGACACCAAGCUAGUGCUGUACAAAGAAAAACUUACCGCCCUGGGCGAGAAAGUCGAGUCUGACGGAAGCUCUGGAGAAGUUGACGACGACACUGACGACCAGCCGUCGAGCAAUUGAAUUCCUUAAGCACAAAGGUAUUAUUUAUAGAAAAAUAAAUCAGAUUUAUGAA